AAAAAAGUGUAUGGGGAAAAAAAAACAGGGAACAAAGAAAUCAGAGUGUAUUUAAGGAGAAGUCGCCCCACAUCCUGGAGCCGUGUGACUCUCGGCACUGCACACCGCACACUGCGCCAAAAACACCCGCUGCACCUCCAUCCUGCGCGGCUCCGGACGGACGGCGGUGAGGAUGCGGACUUCUCUGGUCGUGUGCUUCUGCGUGUUUGCGCUGCAGUGUUUCCAGAGCAUGCUUGGUGCUCCAGUGCGCGGAGCCGGCAGGUACAAAGCGGCACCGGCCUCUGAGAAGUCCCCGGACCUGAAGAAGAGGGCGAAGGCUCCUCACCCUCAGGGUUCUGUGAAGGAGGCGAGUCCGUCCACCAACGCUUCCAACACAUGGAACCGGCCGCGCUGUGGCGUACCGGACUUCCCCAACCAGAAGGAGCUGCAGUAUCGAGGUCGACACCGCCAGAGACGCUUUGUUCUGCACGGAGGACGUUUCGACAAGAAGGAUCUCACCUACAAGAUCGAACGCUUCCCCUGGCAGAUGGACGAGGAGAAGGUGCGGCGCGUGAUCCGGGAGGCGGUGAAGAUCUGGAGCGAUGUCACGCCCCUCACUUUCACCGAGGUCCGCAGGGGGAUCGCUGACAUCCGGAUCGACUUUUCCAGCUACUGGCAUGGAGACAACCUGCCGUUUGACGGUCCAGGUGGGAUUCUAGCUCACGCGUUCUUCCCAAAGACGCAUCGACAGGGCGACAUUCACUUCGACUACGACGAGUCCUGGACUCUGGGGAACUACAUGGGUACAGACCUUCUGCAGGUCGCCGCCCAUGAGUUCGGGCAUGUCCUGGGCCUGCAGCACUCGCGUAAGCCCAAAACCGUCAUGUCCGCGUACUACUCCUUCUCCUACCCACUGAGGCUGAGCGAAGACGACAGGCUAGGCAUCCAGUACCUGUAUGGAGCUAAACCACAGGUCUUGCCCCCACCGCCAACCCCGGCUCCAAGGGCUCUGGUCCUCAAAACAGAGACCAACGAACUUAAUCCUGACGCCUGUCAGACGGACUUCGACGCCGUGUCGAUGAUCCGAGGGGAGCUGUUCUUCUUUAAGUCGGGCUACGUUUGGAGGAUCCGGGAUCCUGGAGGAUCGGCGCGUCUGGAGAGCGGGUAUCCGGCGCUGGCCUCCCGACACUGGAAGGGGAUCCCGGCCAAGAUUGAUGCCGCCUUUGAGGACAAGUCAGGAAAUAUUUGGUUCUUUCAAGAUGAUAACUACUGGGUGUUUGACGCUGAAAUGCACAUCCGGGGUCCCGAGUCCAUCAGAAGUUUAGGAUUGUCCACAUCCAGCAUCCAGGCUGCACUUCGCUGGGGUCACGACCCUAACUACAACAUCUACUUCUUCAAGUCCGGUAGCUACUGGAGGUUCAGUCCCCAUGAGAACCGGGUCGAGUCGCCCUCACCGCGCAGCAUGCAGUACUGGACCGGCAUCCCUGAGGAUGUUGACGCUGCCUUCAGGGACACCCACGGCUUUGCUCAUUUCAUCCGAGGACGUCAGUACUGGAAGUUCGAUCCUGUCGGCAUGAACUCGUUGGAAGGUUACCCACGCUACGUCGGCAUGGAUUUCUUUGGGUGCAGGAACGAGUGAGUCUGUGAAGAUUUGCAUACCCUGAUUCCUUUGACGCGAAGAGGAGUUAAUGGAAUAAAAACUGCAGACUCAUGAGGACGAGACGAUUUUUACACCUGUUUAUGCUUCACUGCAUUUAUUGACACUCAGAUCAAUUUAUGCCUUCUUCUCAGGAAAAAAACCCACCUUCCCUCAGAUCUGGCACCUCCUGUGCAGCUCUACUCGUAUUUAUUUUUGCACAUUUUUGUGUCACCAUGAGCCGAGACCCUGGAUUCAGUCUCGCCUGAGCCAGAAACUGUUUAA